AUGGCGGAUGCUUUACAGACUUUCUUCCGCGGCUCUCUGCCCGAUGAGAUUUCGGGAUUGUUGGCUGAACGUCUCUCCGACCUUGAAUCUGGAGAUUUUUCCGCCCUUCUGCAAUCCAAGGAUGCCCAAGAACUUCUUGGACGCAGUGCAGGCUCAGAGCUGGAUGAAACGAAACUGAAAGAUUGCGCAACCUGGAAUGAGUACGUCUCAAUCCGAUUGAACCGAAUUCUUGCCGCCGACCAGGAGAAUGCCAUAUACAAGCAGGGUAUCUUCUUCAUCAUUGGAUAUGCCGCGCUGCUCGCUUUCCUGCAAUCAAAUGCUACCGGUCCACCUCUUCCAUUCACACCUUCACAAACCGUCUUACCACAAGAGGUGGCCGAGGAUAAGCAACAAGUGACGGUUCUGCGCCGUCAACUCAUCGCAAGCCUCGCAGUCGACGGUAUUGCAGCUUAUCGUUUGACACCAAAUAUUGAACUUCUUUGCCUGGCAAACGUCAUUAUCAGUAACCUGGAUAUCCUCGAGAAUAUUCCGGUCGCUAGAUGGGCCAGACUGAGAGUCACAUUUAUGCACCAAAGACUUCUAUCUGAAGACUGCGGAACUCUGCAGGACAAGAUCUUUGUCGAUGUUGACGCGAUACAAGAGCAAUUCUUUGAUGUGUCGCCCAAGGGCAAGUCAAAGGUUAGCAAUGAUGAAGCGAAGGUUGAAUUCUUGCUUGAACGUGCCAGUAUCGAGACCUUCUAUGGCUUGGACAAAAAGGCUAGAGUUGAUCUAGACCAGGCGGCAGCUGAACAGGGCUUCCAAUUCGCGCUCACUGGUAUUUUGGGAAGAAGAACAAAGUUCCAGCAGCAUGAUGUCAGUCAACUGGUUGUGCUUGCCAAAAGUGCACAGAAUACCGAGGAUGCCAAGGGCGUGAAGUCUUCCGAAGUUCAGACAGAAGGCGCAAACAGUGGCCCCAAGAAUGUGGACCUCAAUGAUGACACACUUUUAGAGUCCAUAUCAUUCACCGAAAAGCCAACGCUCAACCUAGAUGUUCAGACCAAAGAGUCCUUGCCGCCAGCAUUAGCGGAACUCGACCCUUCAAACCAGCCCAAGCUACUUCCAUUGGAUUCCAUUAUUCUACUCGCCCUUGCUUCCUCCAUCACAAACACAUCUCCCGCCAAUGGUCUUACUAGAGAAGAGACGCUUCCCUAUGCUACACGCGUACUGGAGGGUGGCAGCUCGAACUGGCAGGUCUACACACAAGGACUGCUCGUUCGUAGUAGAAUGGAGGGCUACCGAUCUAGAACCAUUGAACGCGGUCUUCUGCAAUUACAAGCCGUUGUCGACCAGGUCAUUGCAGACACCACUGAAACCCCUGCAGAUGGAAACGCUGAUGUUACGGCCACAAGCUUCUUGCGCAAAGGCGAAAGCGAGGACUCUGCACCAGCUUCGGAGAGACUGCGAUAUAUCUUCCAGAUUGCAGCCCCUACUCGAUGGGAGUUGGAGGGUGAACUUGCACAGAGAUGGGUUACCUUGGGAGGAUUGCGAUCAGCACUCGACAUCUACGUGCGUCUGGAGAUGUGGGCAGAGGCUGCUCUCUGCUACGCUGCCACCGAGAAGGAAGAGACAGCGAAGAAGUUGGUGCGCCGCCAGCUCUUCCACGCAACCAACAAUGGUGACGAGGACAAUGCCGGCGACGAAGAGACAUGGGAGGGUCCUGAAAGACAACCUCCACCAGCUGACGCAGCACGUCUUUACUGUAUUAUCGGUGACCUUGACCAAGACGCUUCUAUGUACGAGAAGGCGUGGGAGGUCUCGGGUCAACGUUAUGCUCGCGCCCAACGCUCGCUGGGUCGCAUGUACAUUGGCCAACGCGACAUGCUCAAGGCCGCUGACGCAUAUGCGAAGAGUUUGCGGGCUAAUCAGUUGAAUCACGCCUCUUGGUUCGCUAUGGGGUGUUGUUUGCUGGAGCUUGCGCAAUUUGAGAAGGCCGCUGAAGCCUUUUCUCGCACUGUCCAGCUUGAAGAGACUGAUGCAGAAGCAUGGAGUAAUCUGGCCGCUGCCCUCCUCAAGAAUCAGAUUCCUACUGCUGACGACGAACCCCCGGCUCCCGCUGUCGAGCUCGCCGAAGACGAAGACGAGUCGAUGGCCUCCCAAACCAAGAAGCCUGACCCGCAGCAGAACAAGAAGGACGCUCUUCGUGCACUCAAACGUGCUGCUACUCUCAAACACGAUAGCCACCGUAUCUGGGAGAACCUCCUCAUCGUCGCUGCAUCACUAUCUCCACCAGACUACGACACAGUGUUGACAGCUCAGCGUCACAUCAUUGACCUCCGCUCAAAGACCAACGGUGAAUCUUGCAUCGAUGUCGAAAUCAUGGAGCAUAUGAUUCGCCAUGUCAUUGCUUUGAACGACGAGUACGAUCCCUCAAAGCCCGGUUUCGAACGUCUGCUGGUAGAGAUGUUUGACAAGAAGAUUGUACCUCUCAUCACAUCCUCUCGCGAGCUGUGGCAAUUAUACGCUAAGUUGUCUCUUUGGCGUAAGAAGCCAGCCACUGCAUUAGACGCCAACGAGAAGGCUUGGAGAGCAGUGACUAGUCAACCUGGCUGGGAGACCGAGAGCGAGGGUCGCUGGGAUGUCAUUGUUGAUGCCACCGUCGAUCUCUGUGAUGCAUACGAGAGUCUGGGUCAGAUGGAGAAGACAGAGGGUAUGGCAGCUGGAACUGGUGCAUUGGUUGCCAAGGACUGGAAGUUCAAGGCGAGAAGCGCAAUCAGGAGUAUUAUGGGUAAAGGCAAGGACUGCUGGGAAGACACGGAGGGAUGGGAGAGGCUGAAGGAGGCAUUGGAAGGUUUGCGUGGCUAG